AUGGUCAUGCAAUGUGUCUUGACGACAACACCACCGCGUGUGCUACAUACUACCAUCGCACAUGUUUCGAAACCGUCGGCCACUGGCGCGCACACGCACACACAAUUCCUCGUGCGUGUAUCAGACGAGCGGUCACCUGAUUUUAACUGGAUUGUCUAUCGACGCUACUCGGAGUUUCGUAAUUUUAAGCUUGCAUUGGGAGAAGCUAUCAAGACUCGAGAUAUGUGUGCACACUGUGCCAUCAUGUCCAAGCGCACGUGCUUUGUGCUUUUCCCUCAUCGCCGAUUUUUUGGUAAUCUGCGUGAGAAGACGCUGGAAGAACGGCGUGUUGGACUCAACGCCUUUCUGGAUGUUGUUGCAAAGCAUGCGCGUACGUGUCGAGAGAGUAUGACGUGUCAAACUCGACCAUUGAUGGACAAGUUUCUCAUGGUGAAUGACAUGCGUUAUACGUACUUGAGCGUUGAUAUGAAUGAGGCAGACGGAGAUCGAAGCAGUAAUGCUUUGGGGAAGAAGAGUAUAUCAAUGAGUGGCUUGACACGACGUUCAUCAUCAAUGGUGAGCCGUAUCGAUCGACAUAGCAAUUAUUCGGACUAUCGUGACGAUAUUGUGCGCAGUUGCACCGAGGAGUGGACGCAUACGAGCGACAAAGUAGAGACUGAUCCAAAGGCAGAUCAGUCUCAGAUACUGAAUGCUUCUACGACAAAAGACACGAAUCAGAUGCACAGGCAGCAACAGAGUGCUAAUGGAUUGGUGGUAAAGCCUAAUCGAAUGUCCAAUCUUCUGUCGUACUCAAACGACCGACGUUCACGCACGAAGUCAUGGAAUGAAAAUACGAAGUCGUGCAACGAAAAGACGCAGCCGUCGGCAGCGCGUCAGAGUCUCACCAGUGAGCGGGAGAUUCCUGCAUACAAGCAACAGCCGAACACGUCCACGUCCCGUCAUUCGGACCCUGGACUUGCUCGCAAUGAGCUGCUGAACUUUACGCGCGGCAGCUUUUCAGGUGGUGGACGUCCCCUUCGUGUUGAAGGCCGACCACGCUCGCGCAAAGUGCACUUGUCAUCAGCAGCUAAGCGUGUCAAGAAGCUAGAGGAGGCUGAAGCGCGCUUUUCUGUGCAAGCACAGAUCAGAAAGCCCAAGUGUCUUCCAAGACUCGCACCAAUUUCCGAGGAGAUCUAG